AUGAGUUUGUCAGAUUUGAAGAACAGCAUCUUGCAGAAGCUUGGCGUGUUGGGUAGCAAGUGGGUGAAGAAACUAUUCUACAAGAUUCCCAUCGCAGUUGUCUCGACUGUUGUUCAGUAUGAUACCUUUGCGGUUAAGGCUGAUGAAGAUAUUAGGGUUUUGUUCUAUUGUGUAAGGAGUUUUCCGGAGAUCAGAAUCCAUGAGUUGUUCGCGAAGUUGGAGGUCGGUGUCGAUAGUUCUGGGGCAUCCGCUCCAGUUCCUAGCUCUACUGCCGCGGGAGGUGCAUCUAGUUCGAUGCCUGCGAUCAGACCGUAUCUUCCGCCAGUUCCAUCACCUUCAUUCGCUGCUGAUUUAGACCGAACGGAGGUUGUUGGUUCUGUACCUUUGGAGAAUGCAGCAAUCUUUGAGCCUCCUCACGUUGUGGGCACCGGUGGUGGCCUGUUACCUUAUAUGGAAGGGUUUGGUGGACCUGAUCAAGUAGAGAAUGCAAUGUGUGACGAUGACUCUGACCAGGAGCCUGUUGAUAUCGUAGGUGACAGCGACGAUGACGCAGGUGCCGAUCCACAUGCGCAGCAUCGGCCUUCAAGUUCUACUUCUCAGCAGUACCCUCCACACUUCUCCACACUAAACUUGGAUGCUCUUGGUCAACAGGAAGACGGUGGUAACACAAAUAAAGAUGAAGUUGUGCUGAGUGUCAAGGACUAUAGCAUCCGGCGAGGUGUUGAGUACAAAGUCAUCGAAUCAGAUCAUUUGAAGUAUCAUGGAAAAUGCAAGGAAUUCGGCAAGGGUUGUAGUUGGUUGAUUCGUGUAGCGCUGCGUUCACGAAAGGGCACUUGGGAGGUUAGGAGGUACAACGGGCCACACACAUGCUUGGAAACCUCUAUUUCAAGUGAUCACCGUCAGCUGGAUUACCACGUUAUCUGUGCGAGGAUUCUUCCUUUGGUUAGGGCAGAUGCUGCGGUUACGGUAAAGGUACUACAACAAGCGACAGAAGCCGACUACGGUUUCAGGCCUAGUUACAGGAAGGUUUGGAUGGCCAAGCAGAAGGCAGUGGCACAAAUAUAUGGAGAUUGGGAAGAGUCUUACGCAGAGUUGCCACGUUGGAUGCUCGGGGUCCAGUCAACAAUGCCCGGAACAAUGAUAGUGUUGAAGACCUCUCCUGUUCGGCUUGGUGGUGAGGUUGAUGAGUCGACGGUGUACUUUCACCGGCUUUUCUGGACAUUUUCACCCUGUAUGGAGGCAUUCCGGCAUUGCAAGCCCCUUGUCAGUAUUGAUGGUACCCACUUGUAUGGGAAGUAUGGAGGGACGCUGCUGUUGGCGAUAGCUCAGGACGGGAACUCGAACAUCCUCCCGAUAGCAUUUGCCCUUAUGGAGGGAGAAAAUGCAGAGUCAUGGUCAUUCUUCUUGUCCAACCUACGAGAGCAUGUGACUCCUCAGGAGGGUAUCCUUGUUAUCUCUGACAGGCAUAAUGGGAUCAAGGCAGCGCUUGAAGCACCUAAGACUGGGUGGCUGCCUCCCCGAGCUUUUCGAGCGUACUGUAUUCGGCAUGUGGCUGUGAAUUUCGCCCUAACGUUCAAAGGUAAGGACUCAAGGAGGAUGUUGGUGAAUGCUGCGUACGCAAAGACUGAAGCUGAGUUUUAUUACUGGUUUGACAUCAUGCGGACUGAGAAUCCAGCAAUGUGUGACUGGGCCAACUGGAUGGAGUACGACAAAUGGACCCAACAUGAGGAUGGUGGUCGACGGUUCGGGCACAUGACAACCAACAUCAGUGAAUGUGUGAACUCCGUGUUAAAGGGAACUCGCAACCUCCCGGUCACAUCGUUGGUUAAGUCAACUUACGGGAGGUUUGCUCAGCUAUUUGUGGUACGGGGACAGACAGCAGAGGCACAACUCGGAUCUGGGCAUGAAUUUUUUCAGGCGUUGGUGAAGGCUAUUGAUCGGAACCUAAGAGACUCUAGGUGCUUCACUGUGACGUUAUACGACAGGCAUCAGUCCGAGUACACCGUCGCGGAGACGACACCAACCGGGAGCUUCUCGCUGGGUAGCUAUAGAGGUUCCCUUAAAGAUCACAGAUGCGACUGUGGCCACUUUCAGGCGCUGCAUUAUCCUUGUUGCCACGCCAUUGCGUGUUGUGCCUACUCUCGCCUUAACUGGGCGUCAUAUGUUCACGAGGUGUAUCGUAUGAGUGAGGUGUUCAACGUUUACAAGCAGGGUUUUUUUCCACCUAUCCCUGAAGGACUAUGGCCUCCAUAUGCUGGGCCUACUAUCAUUCCUGACCCUAAUAUGCGGCGUGCAAAGGAAGGUCGUCCAAAGGCAACCAGGAUCCGUGGAAGUAUGGAUCAGUCUCAGGAGAACCAGCCGAAGCGCUGUGGGCUAUGCUGUCAGGCUGGGCAUACGCGGAGGAACUGUGACCAGCGAAGACAGAGUGGUGAAGGGGAUGCCUAG